CAAGGGGAAAGGAUGAUGAUAGCAUCCCGAUCGAUCGUGAGGUGGUGGAUCCCAGGUUCAUUUGACAAGGCGGAUCCCCGGUAGCACCAGCGCGUAGCACCUCACGGUAGUACCUGGUGGGCGCGCCCACCUGCGGCGAUGUGAUGAAGCUCCGAAUCGGGCAAGAACACGUACGUGGAUCGGCAAUCGUCUGUGGGACUGCCGACAGGGUUUGGGUUUUCAGGGGAAACGGUACGCGGGGGAGAAUGCAGCUCCGCCGCCAAACACGAUCCAGCGGAGAUGCAUCCUCUGCCGCGGAACGCUGCUCCGCCCCCAGGGUUUGCCCGCGGCCGCCAGUGGAGAUGCACCCUGGCGGCGCCACGGAAUGCCAGAGUUUGUGGAAUGUGCCUCUUCCUCCUCCGCUGAGGGAUACGUUCCGGCCCACCAAAGGCGUCCCCAACCCCCGACAGCCACAAAGGGACGUCAGCUAGUGUUCCCCAGCCAGCAACAGCACCUCCUCGCUUCCUCGCCUUCCCGAAGCUUGUGCACGACAUGAUUACCAUCUCUAUACUGAAGAUUGAUCCAUCGCAGGAGGUGCCAAGAAGACAUCCUCUAUCACCACUUCGCUUCUGGAUGCUGCUCUAGCACUCACUCUCCCUGUGCAGCGUCGGAUUUUAUGGAGCACCCUGGUCUCUCGCAGAGAGGCUGCGGGAAUGCUGCCUGGCAGAUGAUGGCCAGCGUUAUCGUCCGGGGGACUGGCGGCGGCAUUGCAUUACAGAGCUCAUGCGCCGUCAACGACAUCAUUGCCGGACGGGUUGGUUUCAAUUUCCAGCCUUUGAGCGCGGGAAGGUUGAGGCCUUUUCCUUUCGUCUUGUUUUACCUUUUCGUUCACCAGCGACACUGGAGAGCCCGGAGCACAAGACCUUCACAUCCGUGGCGCCAGCAACGGAAGGUAGUGCCUCUAGAUGAGCUUCGAUAACGAGCCAGGUCGCGGAUUGAUCCUGGUAUUUGAUACUGAUGAGCGCGCCUGGGGUCAGAUGUAUUUACUUCCCCGUUGCCAGACCUUGUAGAUGUCGAAGGCCCUGUCAAGGGCCCUGCACUACCCGCAGUCGGCGACGGGUUUCCGGGGUGCUCGUUCACCGCAAUCAAAUUUCACUCAAAUCUUCA